AUGAAGCUGGUGCCUGCAAAGAUCAGUCGGGCGAUUCGCCGCGCCUUGCGCUUGUCAGCGGACGCCAUGAAGGUCGCCGAAGAGAAGAAGGCCAACGCUACAGCAUCCGCUGAAGUGGCCAAGGAGAAGGCUGCAGAGGCGGCAAGGCAGCAAGCCGUUGCGGAGAAGACCCUGAAGGAGCUCGAAAAGGGUAAAGAGCAGUUGGAGAAGAUGAGGGCCGAUGCUGCCAAGGCUGCCGAGAACGAGAAGGAGGAGCAAAAGGCCUGGAAGGCUGAAGAAGACAAGCUCAAGGGCUUCGUGGCAGAGUGCGGUGAGCUGGACAAGGGCAUCGAAGAGCUGCAGCAGAAGAUGCGGGACCUGGCAAAUGAGUUGAUGCAAGCCAAGGAGAAAAAAACGGCGAAGGAGCUGGAACGGAACGAGCAGGAGUUUGUGGUCCAAAAGGCGGCUGCCGAUGCCGCUGCGGCCGGUGGCAUCAAGCGAGCAGCUCUUGAGGCCCAGCAAAAAGCGGCAGCUGCGUACGAGGAGGCACAGGAGCACUGCAACCAGCAAGAACUCAAAGCGGAAGAAGCCGAGAAGGAGCGCAAAGUCGCACAGGCCGAUGCCGAUAUGGCUCAGGCAAUGCACGACGAUGCCGUUGAGGAAGUGCAGAACCGGGUUGCCUCGAAGAACAUGGUCGUGGAGUUGCGGGACGGCGUGCAGGCCUACUACGACGAGGUCACCAAGAUGACUAAGUCCAUGGAGGCUCUGAUUGCGGAGAACGAAGGCAAAGAAGAGGGCAAGAAGCCGCACGAGCUCAUGCGCGAGGACCCCAACGUGAAGAACAGCAUGAUUGAAUACAACAAGAUGGUUGGCGUGUUCCGCCGCCUCUUCCAUGAAGAGAGGGAGUUCUUUGAUCUGGCUGCGGAGAGCAACAAAGAGAUCAGUGAGAACGCACAGGCCGCGAUCCUCCUGCAGUGCGAUCCUGCUGAG